UAACUUAGGUGGUAUCUUCCAGGUCGUAGCAGGAGUGAUGAUGGCUGACGCUGUGUGUCAGAACAGCUGAAGCUCUGUGAAUCAGGUAAACAGAGGGUGAGACAGGUGAACAUGGCCUCGGCGGGGAGUGAGGAGGAGAGAGCGGGCGGUGGUAAAGGGAUUAACGGGGAUGUGAGCAUGUCGAAGAGCGAGUACUGUAAGAAGCUGCAGGAGUGGAUGUGGCAGUAUUACUGCGGCUAUGCCAACUGGCAGAGCUGGAUGUUGAUGUCGACUCUGCCGUUUCCUCCGUGUUUUUCGCCUCAGUCCGGCAGCCAGCAAGCGGCCGACUCGCCCGCCCCUCCGUUCCCCACAGCCUCCGACAUCGCCAGCUGGUACAGCCAGCUCACCGUCCCGCCCCAGCACUCCACCACACCCGCUGCUAACGCCGGCAGCCCCGCGGCCUCCGCCUCCGCAGCAGCAGCGCAAAGCCCGGCGCAGGCCAACGGAAACGCGCCCGGGCAGCAAGCAGGUAGAGAGUACACCAUUCCCUCCCCUUUACACAGAUUUUUAGCAGAAAUGGUGGAUUUCUUCAUCCUCUUCUGUGUUAAGGCAACCAUAGUGUUGUGGAUUAUGCACCUAAGUGGAAUGAAGGACAUUUCUAAAGUUGUAAUGCAGUUUGUAGUGGAGGAGAUAGAUGAGAAUACGUCUCUGGAGGACCUACAGAAGAUGAUGGCAGUGGCUCUAGUGUACAGGGUUUUGGUUUGUUUUUAUGAGAUCAUUUGUAUAUGGGGAGCAGGUGGCGCCACACCUGGCAAGUUUUUGCUUGGCCUGCGUGUCGUCACCUGUGAUUCUACAGUCCUGGUACGACCCAACCGUGUCCUGGUGGUGCCUGCAUCUAAUGUCACCUUAUCUGCGUCCACCGUUCGGGCCUUGAAUAAGAACUUAUCCAUUGCGUUCCUCUUCCCCGUCUUCAUCACACUGCUCUUCUUCCAGCACAACAGGACUGUAUAUGACAUUGUGGCUGGAACCAUUGUGGUCCGGCGUAGAGGAGCCAGAUGACCGUAGAUGAGCAGCUCUGGUUGAAUACAGGUGCUGGUCAACGAAUUAGAAUAAUUUGAAAUAGUGCAAUCAUGAAAUUCUUUGAAUGCAUUUUUGGUGCAGAAAGCAAAUCAGGUGUUCACCGCACCUGUCCUACUCGUUAGACUAAUCACAGAACUCGUUACCUGGAAAAAAUUUGCUCAGCUGAGCUUUCCAAAAGGCCCAUUUAGGCCAUUUAACUGUUCAAGUCCACUUCCGAGCUCACCGACUUGUGGAACAAGCAGACCGGUGCUGACGUCUCCAGAUCAACCACUUACCGUCGUCUGCGCGAACUCGGCUUCAAAUCUCGCGUUCCAGCAGUAAAACCGAUGCUGAACAAGAAACAAAUGGAGAAAAGGCUGAAGUGGGCCAAAGAACACGGCGAGUGGACUGCUGAAGACUGGCAGAAAGUGGUCUUCAGUGACGAAUCACGCUUCUGCAUCUCCUUUGGUGACCAAGGUCCUCGUGUCUGGCGUCGUGGUGGCGAAACCUACAACCACGAGUGCGUGAAAAGAUCCGUCAAGUUUCCCCAGAGCGUUAUGGUCUGGGGAUGCAUGUCCGCUCGAGGUGUAGGGAAACUCUGCUUCCUCAAGAAGACUGUCAAUGCUGCCGUAUAUCAAGAUGUUCUGGAAACGUUCCUGAUUCCGACUGUUGAGGAACAGUUCGGCGAAGAAGACUUCAUAUUUCAACAGGAUCUUGCACCGGCUCAUGCGGCAAAGUCGACCAAAGAUUGGUUCACUAAAAAACAGCUUGAAGUUUUGGCAUGGCCGGCCAACUCGCCUGACCUCAAUGUCAUUGAAAACCUUUGGGCCAUCGUCAAGCGGAAAAUUCGCGACAGAAAGCCUACUAUGCUGGACCAACUGAAGCAGAACAUCGCCACUGCCUGGGAAGCUGUGAGUGCGGAAACUUGCGACAAGCUGGUCAAAUCGAUGCCGCGGAGACUUCAGGCAGUCAUACAAGCCAAGGGGGCAGCCACAAAAUACUGAGAAAGUGAUGAUUGUAAUUAUGAUAAAAAUUAUUCUAAUUCAAUGAAACGGUUUCUCCAUUAUUCUAAUUCAAUAAAACAACAGUGUCACAGUUAAAUGGCCUAAAUGGGCCUUUUGGAAAGCUCAGCUGAGCAAAUUUUUUUCCAGGUAACGAGUUCUGUGAUUAGUCUAACGAGUAGGACAGGUGCGGUGAACACCUGAUUUGCUUUCUGCACAAAAAAUGCAUUCAAAGAAUUUCAUGAUUGCGCUAUUUCAAAUUAUUCUAAUUCGUUGACCAGCACCUGUAUAUGAAAAUAACCUUUUAGUAUUGAUGGUAAGGGAGUCUUGACUCCACUGAAUCCUGCCUGGAAGAUUUGUGGCCAUAGAUUGGCUCCAGAAAUUUUGCUGUUUUAUUUAAAUGUGUUUGACUGAUGUGUAUUACAGCUUUGUGUUGUUGGUCAGCGUUUUAAUUGUUGAACACCACAGUGCUUGUUAAUUAUAGGAUUAUGAAAUAUUUAAGGAAGAAACUUCCUUAGUGCUCGGGGAUGCUAGGCCAUGCAUAUUUUUGAAUUUAGCAUUUUAUUGCUAGGCCUUCAUGUAUGUAUGUAUGUAUGUAUGUAUGUAUGUAUAGUUUUCAUAUUGAAAGUUUUGGAAAACACAUUUCUCUGGACUGUCUCUAAGGACUGCAGUCUUAACCACUUUAUUCACUUCAAAGUUUUCAUUAGUGUUAAGCAGUUUGAAACUUUGCAGACCAACCAGACAAGGCUUAUCAGUAGCGUUUGUAGAUCAGCUUGACAUUUGGCAAACGUCGGCCGUGUCCGUGUCCUGUGGGGUACAUUCCUCUCUUGCAGGCAGCUGGAAUGUUUUACUUUAUUUGUUCAGGUCAUCACUGUCUGGAAGGCUGUAAACAUGGCUGCCUUUUUCAAAGUAUCUUAAAAACAUCCUCCUUUCACAAGCUCCAUCACUCUAACAACAGCAUGAUCAUAAUGCUCUGCAGAGCAGUGAAACUGAUUAAAUAUAUUGGGCUAUAGUGUAUGGUUGCACAUGCAUUUAUUGAUUUAUUUGUUUAUAUGUUUGUAUUAAAAUAAAAACAAAGUAAGUUAUGAAUAACUUAUAGACUUAGA